GGCGGCGGCAGCGCAGGUCCCUCCGCGCUCCCCGUUCAGGGCUCAGGGUCUUGGGGGUCCCGGGGGGGGGGGGGAAGGAACCGGAGCCCCCCCCGGGCCUCGGGGGUCACCCCCUGAUCCCAACCGACCCCCCCGGGGGGAGAACCGAGUCCGGACGGCAGAGAUGGAGCCACGUGGUAGUGCCUGGCAGACAUCCAACGCAGAGAACCUGCCCCCCCACAUCCUGCGCCUGCUCUAUCGGGAGCUGUCCCUGCUCAGCACUGACCCCCCCGAUGGCAUCAAACUGUGUCCCAAUGAGGAGGAUGUGACUGACGUGCAGGUCACCAUCGAGGGGCCCGAGGGCACCCCAUACUCGGGGGGCCUGUUCCGGAUGAAGCUGGUGCUGGGCAAGGAAUUCCCGACGGCUCCUCCCAAAGGAUUCUUCCUGACCAGGAUCUUCCAUCCCAAUGUGGGGCCAGGGGGGGAGAUCUGUGUCAAUGUGCUCCGGAGGGACUGGAGAGCUGAACUGGGACUGCGCCAUGUCCUACUGACCAUCAAGUGCCUCCUGAUCCACCCCAACCCGGAGUCAGCCCUGAACGAGGAGGCCGGACGCCUCCUGCUGGAGAACUAUGAGGAGUACGCGGCCCGAGCCCGGCUGCUGACCGAGAUCCACGCCCGAGGCCCCGCCCCCUCCGCAAGCUCCGCCCCCUCCACCUCGGCCCCGCCCCCUAACCCCCCCCCCCCCCCCCCCCCCCCCCCCGACGGACCCCAGCCCAAGAAGCACGCGGGGGACAGGGAGAAGAAACCUGCCCCCCCCCCCAAGAAGAAGGUGGAUAAGAAAAGGGCCCUAAGGAGGCUUUAAAUAGGGGGGGGGGGCCAUAAAUGUACCCCCAUUUGGGGUGUAAAUACCCCCAUUUGGGGUGUAAAUACCCCCCCUUGGGGUUAAAUACCCCCCUUGGGGUUUAAAUGCCCCCACAUGGGGUUUCAGUGCCCCCCCCCCCAUUGGGGUUUAAACACCUCCCAUUGGGAUUUCAAUGCCCCCCUUUGGGGUUUCAAUGCCCCCCCCUUUGGGUGUAAAUACCCCCCCCACUGGGGUUUAAAUACCCCCCCAUUGGGGUAUCAGUGCCCCCCCAUUGGGGUUUAAAUACCCCCCCUUUGGGAUUUAAAUACCCUCCCCCAUUGGGGUUUAAGUACCCCCCCAUUGGGGUUUCAGUGCCCCCCCUUUGGGGUUUAAACACCCCCCCCAUUUGGGGUUUAAGUACCCCCCUAUGGGCAAUGGGGGGGGGGAAAUACCCCAUGGAGAGCCUCAAAUCCCCCCCCCAUCAGUUUCCCUGUGGGGCUGUGGAUACCCCCGGGGGGGGGAAUCAAAUACCCCCUUUGGUGUCUGAAAUACCCCCCUGGAGGCUUUAAUUGCCCCAAAUAUCCCCUUGGGGGCAUUAAAUACCCCAUUGGGGCCCCAAAUACCCCCUUGGGGGCAUUAAAUACCCCAUUGGGACCCCAAAUACCCCCUUGGGGGCAUUAAAUACCCCAUUCAGGUCCCAAAUACCCCCUUGGGGGCAUGAAAUACCCCAUUGGGACCCCAAAUACCCCCUUGGGGGCAUUAAAUACCCCAUUGGGACCCCAAAUACCCCCUUGGGGGCAUUAAAUACCCCAUUCAGGUCCCAAAUACCCCCUUGGGGGCAUUAAAUACCCCACUGGGGCCCCAAAUACCCCCUUGGGGGCAUUAAAUACCCCAUUGGGACCCCAAAUACCCCCUUGGGGGCAUUAAAUACCCCAUUCAGGUCCCAAAUACCCCCUUGGGGGCAUUAAAUACCCCAUUCAGGUCCCAAAUACCCCCUUGGGGGCAUCAAAUACCCCCUUGGGGGCAUCAAAUACCCCAUUGGGACCCCAAAUACCCCAUUGGGGGCAAAUACCCCAAGGGGGGGACCCCAAUAUCCCUGUUUUUGGGGGGGGGGGUUGGAAUAAAUGGUCCCUAUGAGCUCCCACCUCCA